CGGGGCGCCGCCGUGCACGCUCGCUCGGGCUCCCUCGGACACGUCCGCGCCGCGCGCCUCCCCGGGUCUCCCUGCGCGCGCCCCGCACCUGCCCGCGGCCGCGGAGCCCGGCUCCGGCUGUGGCGCGCGGCGGGGGCGGCGGCGGAGCGCGGCCGUCAUGGGGCUGCAGCCUCUGGAGUUCAGCGACUGCUACCUCGACAGCCCGUGGUUCAGGGAGAGGAUCCGCGCCCACGAAGCGGAGCUGGAGAGGACCAACAAGUUCAUAAAAGAGCUCAUCAAGGACGGGAAGAACCUCAUCGCCGCGACCAAAAGUCUUUCAGCAGCCCAGAGGAAGUUUGCACAUUCACUCAGAGAUUUUAAAUUUGAGUUUAUCGGUGAUGCAGAGACAGAUGACGAACGCUGCAUAGAUGCUUCCUUACGUGAAUUUUCUAAUUUUUUGAAGAAUCUGGAAGAACAGAGAGAAAUUAUGGCAUUAAGUGUAACUGAAACCCUGAUUAAACCCUUGGAAAAAUUCAGAAAAGAACAACUUGGAGCCGUAAAGGAAGAAAAAAAGAAGUUUGACAAAGAGACAGAAAAGAACUAUAGUCUAAUUGAUAAACACUUGAAUUUAUCAGCCAAAAAGAAAGACUCCCAUUUACAAGAGGCAGAUAUCCAAGUGGAGCAAAACCGGCAGCACUUUUAUGAACUGUCUCUUGAAUAUGUAUGUAAGCUUCAGGAAAUCCAGGAAAGAAAGAAGUUUGAAUUUGUGGAACCUAUGCUGUCGUUUUUUCAGGGAAUGUUUACUUUCUAUCAUCAGGGCCAUGAACUUGCCAAAGACUUCAAUCACUACAAAAUGGAACUACAGAUCAACAUUCAGAAUACACGAAAUCGUUUUGAAGGAACGAGGUCAGAAGUGGAAGAGCUUAUGAACAAAAUCAGACAGAACCCCAAGGACCACAAACGAGCAAGUCAGUUCACGGCAGAAGGCUACCUGUAUGUACAGGAAAAAAGGCCCGCUCCGUUUGGUUCCAGUUGGGUCAAACACUACUGCAUGUAUCGGAAAGCAGCCAAGAAGUUCAACAUAAUCCCAUUUGAGCAUAGAUCUGGGGGAAAACUUGGGGAUGGAGAGGUGUUCUUUUUGAAAGAAUGUACCAAGAGGCAUACUGACUCCAUUGACAGAAGGUUCUGUUUUGAUGUAGAAGCUGCUGACCGGCCUGGCGUUGCCCUGACCAUGCAGGCGUUCUCUGAAGAGGAAAGGAAGCAGUGGUUGGAAGCUCUGGGUGGAAAAGAAGCUCUGCUACAUAGUUUUAAUAGAGCCAUCAUCCCAAGACCAGAAGGAAGUGCACAGUUGGAUAAGAUGGGAUUCACAAUUCUCAGAAAAUGCAUCAGUGCUGUUGAAACACGAGGUAUAAAUGAUCAAGGACUGUACAGAGUUGUGGGGGUGAGUUCAAAGGUCCAGAGACUUCUGAGUAUGUUGCUGGAUGUAAAAACAUGCAAUGAGGUGGACCUGGAGAAUUCCAUAGAGUGGGAAGUGAAGACAAUAACAAGUGCCCUGAAACAGUACUUGAGGAGUCUUCCAGAACCUCUUAUGACCUAUGAGUUACAUGGAGAUUUCAUUGUUCCAGCCAAAAGUGGAAGCCCAGAAUCUCGUGUUAAUGCUAUCCAUUUCUUGGUACACAAACUGCCAGAGAAAAAUAAAGAAAUGUUGGAUAUUUUGGUGAAACAUUUAACAAAUGUUUCAAAUCACUCCAAGCAGAACCUCAUGACUGUGGCAAAUCUAGGAGUGGUGUUUGGACCAACUCUGAUGAGGCCACAGGAAGAAACUGUCGCUGCCAUCAUGGAUUUGAAGUUUCAGAACAUCGUGGUGGAAAUCUUAAUUGAAAACCAUGAAAAGAUUUUUAGGACCCUGCCUGAUGCCACAUUCCCGGAGCCAAUCCCCCUAUCAACAUCACCCCCAAAUGCUCCACCAAGGCAAUCGAAGAGACAAGGCCAGAGGACUAAGAGACCCGUGGCUGUAUAUAAUCUUUGUCUUGAGCUAGAGGAUGGUGACAGUCCUAACCUUACUAAGGAGGACACCCCUACCAGUAAUCUAGAUUCACUUUCCUCCCCAUCGCCCAUGACUGCAGCUGUCCACAGGCCUCCUGGACCAGACAAAAACCACCUUCUCGCAGAUGGGGGCAGUUUUGGCGACUGGGCAUCCCCUGGCCCCUGCCAGAUGCGAUCACCCAUGGUCCAGUGGCUUAACAUGCAGUCCCCAGCCAGCCCGAGCUGCAGCCCAGCUGUUACACCACCUUCACCCAAGCCACCGCCUUCUCCUCUCUCUCUAUCUGCCACCGUAGUGGACAAGCCACCAGAAAGCAUUGUCAAUCGGAAGGCUCGAGCAGUGUAUCCAUGUGAAGCAGAACACAGCUCAGAAUUAUCUUUUGAAAUAGGAGCGAUUUUUGAGGAUGACUCCUUGGAGCAGUCCUACAGGCUAAGUGCUGCUAAGCCCCGUCUUGCAGUGCAAACCUCGAGGGAACCUGGCUGGCUGGAAGGGACCCUGAAUGGCAAGAGGGGGCUGAUUCCACAGAACUACGUCAAGCUGCUGUAGUGCCUGGCCGGGGAGGCCCCACGUAGACCUUGGCAUCUGGGAACCUGCCUUCAUCCUCCAGGGCGGAACCCACAGCCGCCGGACGUGGGAACUGCAGAUCACGGCUUGGCACUCCAGGGGCAGGUGGGGGGACAGGACGGACCCCACAGAGCUGCCUAGGUCUGUGGAGCAGGAGGAGAGUAGCAGGAUUAACGGGACGGACCUUUCAUUUGUCACGCCUCUGGACUGAGAGUUAAUAAUGCAGUCAGGCCUCCCCGCUGGUGAUCACUCCUCCAGGCGCCUCCCUGCACACCUGCUGCUGAGAUUUUAAAGGGAACUGUCCUCACUCGUGGUGGUGUCCACAGGAUGUGCUCUUGGCCUCGGUUGAUGUGUGGAGAGGGCUGCUGCGGGCGGGGCGGGGGGGGGUUCCGUCCAAACCCAGAGAGAGGGCAGCACAGAGAUGCUCCUUCCUAGAUGGCCACCCCGGGACCCACAUUCACUCCACUUAGAGCACACUGGCGUAUUUAUAACAGGCUUCUCGUUGGUGCUUCUCACCUGUGUGCUGUUUCCCAAACACCACCUUUUGGCCCCAAGUUCUCUGUAAAUGAAAUAAAAUGUAAUUUACUAUUUGA